AUGCCACCACUCUAUGUCAAAGGUGGAGUCUGGACCAACGUCGAGGACGAGAUCCUCAAGGCUGCGGUGUCCAAAUACGGACUCAACCAGUGGUCUCGUGUAGCAUCGCUAUUGACGAAGAAACUGGCCAAACAAGCCAAAGCUCGAUGGAACGAAUGGCUAAAUCCUGCAAUUGAUAAAACAGAAUGGACCCUCGAAGAGGACGAAAAGCUCUUGAACUUGGCUAAAUUGCUACCCAACCAAUGGAGAACUAUCGCUCCUAUAGUGGGCCGAACCGCUACCCAUUGUGUAGAACGAUAUCAGAAGUUGCUAGAUGCUGCAGCCAACGAAGGAGAAGUAGACGAGGAAGUAAACGAGUUGGCACUAGCAGGUGCUGGAAUCGAGUCAAUGGCAGCGACUGGUCCAUCUGUAGGCGAGUUAAAUAUCAAUCCCGAAAGCAAGCCAGCAAAACCAGACAACGUAGAUAUGGACGACGAAGAAAGAGAGAUGCUUUCAGAAGCCAAAGCCCGGUUAGCCAACACCCAGGGGAAGAAGGCCAAGAGAAAAGCCAGAGAUCGAAUGUUGGAAGAAAGCAGAAGAAUCGCAUUGCUCCAGAAACGUAGGGAGCUCAAGGCUGCUGGAAUAAAUGUCAGUCUAGACUCUAAGAAUAAGAAGAAGCGAAAGGAGUUUGACUAUAAUGCUGAUAUUCCCCAUGAACAUGUACCGCAAGCUGGCUUGUAUGAUACCACCGAGGAAGAUAAGAAGAACGACUAUGAUAAAGUUGGAUUCAAUAGACAGAUAGCAAAAGACGGAAUGAGUUUCCAAGAAGUAGACGAUACCCACAAAAGAGAUAAGGAAAGACAGUCGCGAGAAGCAGCCAGGGAAUCGAAGAAACACAAGAUGGGGUUAGAGUCUGCACUUGAAGUUCUUAACGAGAAUGAACGAGAGAACUUGAAGAAAAGAAAACUCGAACUUCCAGCUCCCAUACCCUCCGAAGCUUCUUAUCAGACUUCUGUGGUGGUUGACGAAGACUCUAACGUCAGAAUCAAAAACAAGGCUAGAGAAUUAAUUGCUAGACAAGCUAUUCCAUCUACCCUUAUUGUUCAACAGGAAGACAACAAAGAAGAUUUAAGAACUUCUGCAGAUGUUUCUGUGAAAAGAGAGCCUACCCAGAAAGAAAAACUUAGAGCUACGGCUCAACUAAAGAAGGCAACCAUAGAAUUCAUACGAAGCAAGUUCCGUGCCUUGCCUAGACCACACUCUUCAUCCGGAAUUAUUCUACCAAGUUUCGAUGUAAAUGAAGAAACUAUCAAUUUGAAUGUUGAAAAUGAAGGUAUAGGCAACAAUGACGUAGAUCAAGGAGAAAGAUUGCACAACUUGCGGAUAUUACAACAGAUUGACGAGGAGAAAGCAAAAUCCAGAAGAUCGCAAGCAAUUCAACGCGAUUUACCGAUACCAAAUCCUAGCAAGUUACGGACUCCGGAUUUGAAACAAGUUUCUGAAAUCGAAAAAUUAGUGCUAGCUGAGUUCUCAAGUUUGAUCAAGUCUGAUUACAGAAAAUAUGUGGAUCAAAGCUUCCGCGCACCUCUUGUAGAAGACCUCGAAGAGGAGAUACUCACCAAAGUGAAUGAAGAAAUUCAAAAGGAAUUGAAGGAUAGGAAAGUUCCGAAAGUCGAAAUCAAGAAAUUGGAGUUAGAAUUGGACUCUUCCUUUGAAACAGCAGAACAGGUAAUCAUGAAACUUCACGAGUAUCGGAGGAAAUGUUCUGAAAAUGAAGACAAACUCAAUUCGAAGCUCAAUAUGAAAGCAUAUGAAGAAGAGGAAGAGAGACUCAAUAACGAUCUUUACGAGGUGUACUCGCAGUUGUACAAUACUUCGUUGGAAUUGACCGAGGUAGAGAAGUUGUUGGAAGCAGAGGAGGAUGCUAUUGAUAGACGUACCAAGAGAUUGAAUGAAUUGGUGGGCCCAUUGGCACAAGUUGAAGCUGAAGCAAGAGAAAGAGUCCGUGAAUUGUAUUUGAAGAGAUAA